CACACACAGACACACACACACAGAGACACACACACACAGAGACACACACACACAGAGAGCACACAGGGCUGACUGUCCACUUGUUUUUCCCCCGGUGGGCACCGUAGAGUAGACCGCGGAGCCGUAACGGCACAGCACACUGCAGACAUAUUGUGUUGUUGUUAAGAGUGUUUGUGUCAGGGCGGUGGAGAGAGGAAGACUGAAGAAGAAGAAGAAGAAGAAGAAGAAGAAGGAGGAGGAGGAGGAGGCUGAGUGUGUCGGGAAAAAGAAGAGGGAGAGCGGAUUCCAGAGGCACCUCUAUUAUAACUAAUUCAUUGUCGCUGCAGACGGGCGGACAGACGGCUAAACUGCUCACUAAUUAGGCUGAGACACUCAGACGGGGCGUUGUGGUGAGGAGUGACAGGACGCAACAUGGUGGAUUACUAUAACAUCCUGGGAGUGUCCAGAACAGCCUCUCAGGACGAUAUCAAGAAAGCGUACAGGAAACUGGCACUGAAAUGGCAUCCAGACAAAAAUCCAGACAACAAGGAGGAGGCAGAGAGAAAGUUCAAAGAAGUAGCUGAGGCCUAUGAAGUCCUCUCUGACAAGACUAAGCGGGAUGAAUAUGACAGAUAUGGAAAUGACAGAAUGCGACACACAGGUUCCUCCACCUCAGACUAUUCGUCAGAUUUCCCAGGAUUCACCUUCACAUUCCGCAACCCAGAUGAGGUGUUCAGAGAGUUCUUUGGUGGCCAGGAUCCUUUCGCUAGCUUUUUUGAUGACUUCUCAUCCUUUGGAGGCUCGUCUUCUCGCUUCGGACCCGGUCGCUUCUUUUCUUUUCCUUCAGCAGGAGUUGAAUUUACCUCCUUCUCCUCUUCCUUUGGUGCUCUGAAUGGGAUGGACAGCAUGGGGAUGGGCAACUUCAAAUCAGUUUCUACCUCCACUCGCAUCAUAAAUGGCAAACGCACCACCACCAAGAAGAUAAAGGAAAAUGGGCAGGAAAGAAUCGAGAUUGAGGAGGACGGGGUGUUAAAGAGUGUCCUUGUUAAUGGCGUGGAGGAUGAAAUGGCCCUCGCAAUGGAGCUGAGUCGACGGGAGGGACAGCCCCAUCACUCGCCUCAGAAGCCACAAAUCCAGAACAGAUCUCCUGUGGAGUCUGACAGGCCCCGCCCCAGUCCUUACUCUGCAGCCACACGGUCAUUUAGCUCCGCCCCCUCCUUCAGCUACGGGGUUGCAGCAGGCAGCGAGGAUGACGAGGAAGACGAAGACCUGCAGAUGGCUUUGGCAUGCAGCCUGUCAGAAAUGGAAGCCCAGAAGAUAGCAGCUGCUAACGACUACAUAUCAGAUUGGAGGUGGGGCGGCACUUUACGAAGAUGGAAGGCAAAGCACAAUGUAAAACGUGUACAGCAUCGUGACUCAUACAUAUAAAUCUUUUAUAUUUUGAUCCUUUUGGUGCCUUUGCACAUUUUGGCUACUUAAUAUGUGCUUAUUUUGCUUACAUAACCACAGCAAAUGUGCCAAGUGUGAAGAAACAAAUGUAUUUGAAGCGAAGCAAAUGUACUUUAAUAGAGGCAAAUGGCAAAGCUAUACAUUAGCGAUUGGGAGUGUUGUCAGGUGUUCUGCAGAGUGAGUGUGAUUGAAUUUAAUUCCAUUGUGAUGGUUGUGCGAGUGUUUCAAAAUGGUUUUAAACCAUCAGUCAUGCUAGGUUUGAUAGGGGAGAUACUGUAGCUGAUAGUUCCUAUGCUUCUAUCAACAUGUGUUGAUUAAGUGCUCCUGAGUGAAACACUAAACCCCACCUGUUCCAGUUCAGCUGCUUAGUAAGCAAAAAUAAACAGACUGUGUUCCAGGGCAUACUCAUCCCUCCACCUGUGCUGAUUCAUAGUUUAUUUAAAAAAAAAAAAAGUUGUGAGUGAAUCUAGUAGUCUGUUUUUUCGUUUGAUUUUUGCAGUUUACAGUGUUUAAUUUAUCUCUUUUAACUCCUGCUGGGAGGAAUUUUGUGUCAGACAUAGUUUGAAAUGAACACACAGUCCUGUAUAUGUGAGGAACAACAGACCGCUGACUGUCCGAGGUAUAGGUGUGUUGUGAAGACAGAGAGAGAGAAUUUAAUGUAACUUUUCAGAUACCAACACCUACAUAAUUGUGUCUGAUUAUCAGGCCAACCGAACUUGUGAGUUACUACAAAACAAACACACCCACACACACACACAGUCAUAAUACAACUGUUACUGUUUUAAAUGUGAUUGUUGGUGUAUCAAGGAACAGAAAGUCCUGUUGGUGCCCUUGAAAGACAUGCCUGUCUUAAAAAAUACCUUAUUACAAGCAGUGUCUAUUCCCCUGCUCUUAAUUUACACUACUUAUAGAGCACAAUACGUUUAUUGGUUUAUCAGUUGUUUUUCAUGAGUGCUUGAUUUAUUUUACAUUGCAUGAGUUUUGCUUUCAUUUUAAGGAUAAGUAUUGUUACUGGCAAUAAUGAAGCACAGCUGUGGGAACAUAUCAGUUUAAACCAGUUCAAAUCAUUUUGAACUUUUUGACUGAGUUGUUUUUCAUAAACUGUUAUUGCGUAUAGAGAGGGAACGAGAGAGAAGGAGGCAAAUGGUUUUUAAAUCUACCUGUAUUAUUUGUACAACAUUGAGCUGCCAUGUGUUUUUGUUAUUUUUAUUUCCAGAUUGUUAAAAGAGAAAUAACAAAUAAAGACUGGGCUGAAGUGGA